AUGUCCUGCCAACCCUUCACCUCCGUCCCUCAACCACCCACCACACUCCCCUCUUGCGCCGUACCUGUUGGUGGUUCCAAUUCUUCAAUCCUUGACGCAUGCUGCAACGGACACAUCAAUGCCAUCGCUACAUACUCCGCCCCCGACACAACCACAUUACCAAUAUCAGCAUCGUCAACGCCGGUCAUCGUCAACUCUGAAGACAACGACGGCUGCUUCCAGUACUGCAUCACCGAUUCUCCAAACAUCGUUCAGAGUUGCUUAGCACAGAAGAUGGAGGAAUACGAGAAGGACAGCGCGAGUGGCAUGGGCAUGUUCGGCUGCUUCAACACGGAAAAGGCGGUUGGUGCGAGGAAGAUUGAUGACGAUGGUGGAUAUGCUAGUGCAGCUGCUAGGAUUGGUGGAAGUGGGAGCUGGGUCAUUACAGCUUUGCUCGGUCUGAGUGUUGUUGGCGCGGUUAUGGGAGGUGUUUGA